AGAGAGAGAGAGAGAGAGAGAGAGAGAAGGUCAGGGCACAGGCGGUUUAUCCUACUACCAGAAAUAAGGAGUCCACACAACGGUUUGGCAGACCAAAGGAGAGACGCCACUCACACACACUCACUCACCGCCGCCGCCUUCGAUUCUGCCAAAGGAAUAUUUUUGGGGGAUUAAAACAGCUGCUCGCCACGUUGAUAUAUUUCAACCUGCAGAUCAUCCACCAGACGUUUAAGUCUGAAUUUGAAGUCGUUCGGGUCUUUGGAACAUUUCGUUGUCAAGCGGCUCCAGGAUGCGCGCCUGUCUGCUCCUGGUCCUUCUCUGCUCCUUGCGUGCAGGACGCGCUCAAAAGUUUUCUGCUCUAACGUUCCUGCGGGUGGACCAGGACAAGGAGUGUAACAUGGAGUGCAGCGGCGGCCCCCGUAAGCCCCUCUGUGCGUCCGACGGCCGCACCUUCACCUCCCGCUGCGAGUUCCUCCGCGCCAAGUGCCGCGACCCCCAGCUGGAGGUCAUCCGCGGGCCGUGCAAAGAUACGUCCAGGUGUGUGGCGGAGAAGAAGUACACGGAGCAGCAGGCCAAGAAGCUCUUCCCUCAGGUCUUCGUCCCCGUGUGCAACCCUGACGGCACCUACAGUGAGGUGCAAUGCCACAGCUACACAGGAUACUGCUGGUGUGUCACCCCCAACGGACGGCCCAUCAGUGGAUCGGCAGUGGCCAACAAGAAACCUCGCUGCCAAGGCUCCAAACAGGAGAGAGCGAGCCCAAGAGAACCCGGGAAAGCAGUCUCUCUGCAAAUAUUCUCCAUUCUAAAUGCAGACGACACAACCGGCAUCGUGGUGGAACCCCAGUCUCCCGCUGACGAGGAGGACAUCAUCUCCCAGUACCCGACCCUGUGGACUGAGCAGGUCCGCAGCCGGCAGAACAACCGAACCCGGAGCCAGACCUCGUCAUGUGACCAGGAGCAGCAGUCGGCCCAGGAGGAGGCGCGGCAGCACAAGAACGAGGCCGUGUUCGUGCCGGACUGCGCCCUCGGCGGCCUCUACAAGCCCGUGCAGUGCCACCCGUCCACGGGCUACUGCUGGUGUGUCCUGGUAGACACGGGACGGCCCAUCCCCGGCACCUCCACCAGGUGCGUAAAUCAGACGCUAACCACGGGUCUGGUGCGAGGGCGCGUGGUGGAUCUGAUCUCAGCGGGAUACGAGCAGCCCAAGUGUGAUGGAAACGCCAGAGCCCACCCCACCAAACCCAAGGACCACUACAGGAGCCGGCAUCUGCAAGGCUGCCCCGGGGCCAAGAAGACAGAGUUCCUGACAAGUGUUCUUGACGCGCUGUCGACAGACAUGGUCCACGCCGUCACAGACCCCGCCUCCGCCGGCAGGAUGGCGGAGCCGGACCCCAGCCACACCCUGGAAGAGCGCGUGGUGCACUGGUACUUCGGCCAGCUGGACAAGAACUCCAGCGGGGACAUCGGCAAGAAGGAGAUCAAGCCCUUCAAGAGGUUCCUGCGCAAGAAGUCCAAGCCCAAGAAGUGCGUGAAGAAGUUUGUGGAGUACUGCGACAUCAGCAACGACAAGGCGCUGUCCCUGCAGGAGCUGAUGGGUUGCCUGGGAGUCACCAAGGAGGAGGGGGCGAAGACAACAGCCAGCGUUCCAUCCAGUAAACUGAACCCGUCCAAGAAGCAGGGCUGAGGCCGCCCACCCCCCCCCCACCCUGCCCCCCACGCGCUAUGCCCUUGGAGAUUCUGCCCUUGCCCAUGGGCAAUACGGAGACCAUAGUAUUUGCACUUUGUACUUUAAAAAAUAAUGUAAAUUCACUUUGUAGAGAUAAGGUAUUUAAACAGACUGCUGAAUCUGUGAAUGAUGUAGUUUAGCUUAUUAUGUCCUGACUAGCAAAAACUUAUUUAACACAUACAAUGUAUGUGUCCUUUGUGUGUAAAAAAAAAAAAAGUACACUUUUUGAGGGUUUGUACGAGUUGUGAUGUGUGCGUUUGUGCGCUGCCGUUGUGUUGUUCCAGCUUUGUGUUGUUCAUGAUAAAUCACAUGUAUGGGUAUAGUUUGCUACCAGGCUCUGAUAAUAUAGACCGCCCCGCUCCCCUUCCUCUGUCAUGUACUGACCAUCCACCGCUCCCAACAUCCAUCAUAACACAAAACUCCAUGAUUCUGUCCGCAUGUAUCUGUGUUGAUUAGAAAUAAAAGGCUCUUUUAUACA